AGGUGAUUUUGGUUUUUAAUUAUGAGGAGUCUGUAGUGGAAGUCCUGGUCCUCAAGGAAAGAAGGAUAAAGGAAUUGGACCCAGGAUUUGUGCAAACCACGCAAGAAUUUCAUUAUUUACAAGCUUCCAUUAACCAACGCUCAAUCUUCCACGAUUUUGCUGGUGGCACACCGCCAAUUUACGUGGGAACCAACAAACUAAUCAAACAUAAAACAAAACAAAUAAAGGGUCUAUUUUUUUUUUUUAAUAACCCUUUCUUAAUCAUCUACCACUCCGUCUGUGCCCACUUCGAAAUCUUCUCCUCUCGCUAUGGGUUGCGGCUCCUCCUUUCCGGAAAGGGGUUCAAAGCAGAUGGGUCGACCCAAUUCCGAGGAUGGUGGAGGGCAGGACGCCAGGAAUCUUAGGGUCAAGCUUGUUCUCUUAGGUGAUUCUGGUGUUGGUAAAAGCUGUAUUGUUCUACGAUUUGUACGUGGUCAGUUUGAUGCAACAUCCAAAGUGACUGUUGGAGCUUCUUUUUUGUCGCAAACAAUAGCUCUGCAAGACUCUACAACAGUAAAAUUUGAAAUAUGGGAUACUGCUGGUCAAGAGAGGUACGCCGCAUUAGCACCUCUCUAUUACCGAGGUGCAGCAGUUGCAGUUAUUGUCUAUGAUAUAACAAGCCCAGAAUCUUUUAGCAAAGCACAGUACUGGGUUAAGGAGCUACAAAAACAUGGAAGCCCUGAUAUAGUGAUGGCACUGGUCGGUAAUAAAGCUGAUCUUCAAGAGAAGCGGGAAGUUGCUGUCCAGGAUGGCACUGAAUAUGCAGAGAAGAAUGGUAUGUUUUUCAUAGAGACAUCUGCAAAGACAGCAGAUAAUAUAAAUGAACUGUUUGAGGACAUUGUUGACUAUGCCACUAGCAAGCUUCCCCCUGAUGUUCUUGCUGCCUGAAGAUAGUUGUACUUGUAACAAACUCAUAUAGACCUAUUGGAGGGGCUAAAGAUGAUCUUGAAAUAGGAAUUCCGUCCUACAAAAUCCAAGAUUGCAUCUUUUCCAUCAAAGGAAAUUGCAAAAAGACUGCCUCGCCCAUCAGUUAGUUGAAGUAGCCAGAUAGCAGUUCAGUAUGGGGUCUGUAUUUGCUUUUGAUCCUCCUAAACUGUAGUGUAUGGAUUGUGUUUAUGUAUAUUGUGAUUAUUAUUAGAUAUAUCUGUUAUCUGUUAUCAACCUCUAAUAAUGUCAUGUCAUCAUGUAGAUGAUAUAUUUUAGGCUAUAUGAGACCGACAAAUAUGAUUUGUAGGCCUAGUUAAGGCUUAUAUAAUAUCAAGGACCCAUUCAUUUGUUUGCAUAA